AUGGAAGGCAUUUCAGAGGAGCAGCGCCAACGUGAAGAGGCCGAGAUUCGCGAGCGCGACCGCAAGCGGCAGCAAGAGAAGGAGGACUACGAGCGCCGCCUUGCGGAGGCAAAGGCGGAGGAGGAGCGCAAGCGUCGCGAGGAGGAGCAGCUGCGCCUCGAGGAGGAAAAGCGCAAGAAACGGCAGGAGGAGGAGUGGAAGCGUCUCGGGUCCGACGCGAUCCAGGACCUACCGCCGGUGCCGCCGCCGGUGGCGGAGGAGGGAGCGUUAGACAUGUGGUAUCUGGAUGACGAGACGUCUCAGCCUCCGCUGAGCACCGCCAGCCUCAAGCCUGGGCGAAAGGUUGGCGCUCCUGUGAUCACCAUGAAGGCGUUGCGCGAGUUGGGCGUCGUCCUUUUCCGCGUCAGUAUGAGCGACUUCUCCGUGGUGAGGCAGAUCAUCAAGGAACGAGAAUACAAGCACACCGACGAGGUCAAAAUCUCGCAGACCGCCAAGGACGACAGCUUUCUCGAGCGGUGGUAUCAGGAACACUACACCGAGGACGAGCAGUUUCGCGUUGUGAUGGACGGCUCCUUCUUCCUGGAUAUCCGGUCGAAGCAAGACGAGUGGAUCCGGGUGCACGUGAAAGCAGGUGAUCUUGUCGUGCUACCUGCCGGCAUCUAUCACCGUGCCACCCUGGAUGAGGACGAUUACGUGGCCCUCUAUCGCGGCUUCCAAGACGCACCCCGCUUUGUACCCGUCAAGCGGUCCGACAGCCGGGCAGACUCCAACCGGGUGCGGCUGGCAUACUUGAUGAGUUUGAAGAAGGGCGACGUCGCCACACAGAACGGAUUUUUGUGA